AUGAAGAGAAAACUUUAGAAAUUGUCAUUGUUUAAAGAAAUAGAUGAAUUUAAUCAAUUGGAUAGUGAUGGGCAUUAGAGUGAUGAUUCUUCUACGUCUGAUGACUUUUUAAAUUCUACUUUCGAAGCAUAUGGUAAUAAAUUUAAUUAUUAGACUUAGAGUCUCAAAUAUUUAUAAGUAGUAAUUAAACACCUAUUCAUUCUGAAUAAUUACAAUUCAUUUAAGGAGUAUUUGAUAAAUCAGAAGAAAGUGAAUAAUCUUUUUAAUUCAAUAUUACUAAUGUAUUAAAUUAAACUUAUUAUAGAUUGAAGGAGAUAACAGAACUACUUUAAUGAUGAGAAAUAUUCCUUAAAAUUAUACAAAAGAGAUGUUAAUGAUAGAAAUUGAUUCAAAAUUUAAAAAUAAAUUUGAUUAUUUCAAUUUACCAUUUGAUGGAUUUGUUAAUCCUGGUUAUGCAUUUAUCAAUCUCAAAUCAAAGUCAUAUCUUAAAGACUUUUACAAUUAUUUUAAUGGCAGAAAAUGGAAAAGUAAUCCAUAAAAUAAAGUAACCAAAUUGAAUUAUAAUAUUUAGCCUUGUUAUUUAAAAUAUGCCAAAAUAUAACAUAAGAAAUAUAAAUAAAUAAAUCCAUAAAUAUAUUUACAACAAACAAGUGUUAUCAAACUUAUUUAAAGUUAAAAAUUAUAAUGCAGUUUGUGA